UAAAGUAGUAUACCGAUGUACAUAAACACUGGCCAACAACCUCUAGUAACGCAAGUCAAUGUAAAGUCACGUGGUGCGAAUAGAACGGCCAUCUUUCUCUGAAAACACAAACAACAAGAGUAGCGAGCCGACAAGACAUCAACACGCAGUGACCGUAGGAGGGGGGAAAUAAUAAAUACAAUAUUUUUAAUCAUUCACAAAAUAUUGAAUGAAUGAAGAUUGUACACAAAAAUAACGUAUUUGAAAAAUAAUCAACAUUGCUUCAGUAAGCAGUUUGAAGGGAGGUGGUCAGGAAUCAAAGGUGUCCUCACCUGGAGAGUCUCGGUCAAGCCACGUUUCAGUUGGAGAGAGAACGACAGAAGGCGAGAGAAGAGAAGGAGAGGAGGAGGGAGAGAGUCGCGUCUGUUCCUGGCAGCUGUUCCAGCAGCCUGUUUUCUUCCCUGCGUUUAGAUUUAAAUCGAGAAGGAUCUUUAUUUUUUUAAGUGUGAUAUUACUGCUGUUGUCGUCCAAUCAUUAUUGUUACUAUUGACAGUGUUUUAUUUUGUUUGUUUCGUCGUUAUUGACUUGACAGUUUAUUCCAAUUUCUUUGUUCUUGUUUUUUAUUUGUACUGCUUUUUUUCGGCUGUGAGCAGAGGCUUCUUCCAAACUGUUCUCUUACCCGAACCAGCACUCUAUCCCCUAUCCCCUAUACACACUUGAAACAGGCAGCUAUUCUUUAUCUCUGUGUGUUUUGGGGAGCUCUGUGAUCACAGCAAAAUAAGCACCACUCAGCCUUCUCACCUAAGCCUAACUAAGCCAGUCCUAGCCUGAUCCAGCCUGGUCCGCUCUUCUGGACAGGAUACUCAGCUCUGUAAAGACGUAAGGAAUAUGACUGCUGAGACACUUAACUUCGGCCCCGAAUGGCUCCGUGCACUAUCCAGUGGGGGGAGUGUGACGUCCCCCCCUCCUUCCCCUGCCAUGCCAAAGUACAAGCUGGCCGAGUAUCGCUACGGCCGAGAGGAGAUGUUAGCACUUUAUAUCAAAGAGAACAAGGCCCCGGAGGACAUGCAGGAUAAGGAGUUUGUGUCUAUUCUGCAAGAUGAGCCCAUGCAGCCGCUGGCACUGGAGCCUCUCACUGAGGAGGAGCAGAGGAACUUCUCAAUGUCUGUGAACAGUGUGGCUGUACUGAGGCUCAUGGGUAAAGGAGGGGGAGUUGCCCCAGCGGGCGUGGCCCGAGGCAGAGGCACCACGCGAGGAGGAGGCAGAGGGCGAGGUCGAGGAGAGAGUGGAGGAUUCUACCAAAGAUGUAUUGAGGAGGGAGAGGUAGGCUUCGGCCGUGGAGCCAGAGAGAUCCACCGCAGCCAGAGCUGGGAAGACAGAGGCGAGAGGCGUUUUGAGAAGCCUGUGCGUGCCAGGGAGGGGGUGCGUGUUGGCUUCGAGGAGGCGACCGGUGUCCCUGUGCCUGGGGUACCGAGGAAGGACUACACGCGGUCGGACAGUGAGAACUGGCGUAGCCUCCGAGAGGAGGAGGAGGAGGAGGAGGAGGAGGGGGCCGACCCCGGGGGCAGCUGGAGACUGGCUGGAGCACGGAGAUUAGAUGAUGGCGGUCCAAAGUCAGCAGGCUGGCGGGAGCACGACGGUCAGGUUGAGGGGCGUCGCAGGAAGUUUGAGUUUGACUUCGGCGGGGGUCGCAGGCGGGCCGGCAGCGAGGGGUUAGAGGACGACCGAGACGGACUGCCUGAGUGGUGCACUGAUGAAGAAGGAGAGAUGGGCACCUUCGACGCUUCCGGAGCCUUCCUACCCAUAUCCAAGGGAGGAAAGGAGGAUGAAUUGGACUUCCAGGGAAUAGAAGAGGAGGAAGAAGGGGGGGAGAGUCUUUCUGACAUGAAGAGGAUCAUGAAUGGAGGACAGAGAGUUGAUGGAAAGGAAUCCGCUGGUACCAGUCCCUCUUCUACCUCCUCCUCCUCUCCCCCUGGCCCCCUCUCUGCCCCUCCAGCUCUGGCUCUCAACCCCCCCAUGCCCCAGCUGUCCCUCACCGUGGCUGAGCUGGAGGCCUCUCAGAUGGCCAACAGCCACCCUGUCCCUGUUCCUGUCCUUGUCAAGGCCAGCAAGAUGCCAAGUGAAGUUCUCGAGGGCUCUCCACCAGGGUCCUCCACCACCCAACAGAGCCCCAGCACCACCUCCAGUCUGCCUUCACCCCCUCCCUCCUCCUCUGCUGCUAACCAUCUCUCCCUGCUACCGGGGGGCGACACCGAGGACGACGAGGGCAUGAAGCACCUGCAACAGGAGGCAGAGAAGAUGGUGGCGUCCCUGCAGGACACGUCUCUGGAGGAGGAGAGUUUCACUCAGACACUGCAGGAAAGCAGAAACACAGCCUCCGCCCUGCCCCUCUCCCACGAUGCUGCCAUGAAGUGGUUCUAUAAGGACCCCCAGGCAGAGAUCCAGGGUCCAUUCACCACUCUGGAGAUGUGCGAGUGGUUCCAGGCGGGCUACUUCUCCAUGUCUCUGCUGGUGAAGAGGGGCUGUGACGAGGGCUUCCAGCCGCUGGGCGACGUCAUCAAGAUGUGGGGACGCGUGCCUUUCGCCCCCGGGCCCUCCCCGCCGCCCCUGCUGGGUAGCAUGGAUCAGGACCGUCUGAAGAAGCAGCAGGAGCAGGCAGCAGCAGUUCUCUAUCAACAGCUCCAGCAGCAGCAGCAGCAGCUCUUCCAGCUCAUCAGCAGGUGCGGAGAGCAGGGUAUUUUGCCUUCGGUGAACAGGUCGAUGUCAGUGCCAGAUACAGGGUCCAUGUGGGACAUGCAUACCUCAGCUUCACAGCAAUCAGGCGGUGAAGCCAGUUUAUGGGACUUAACAAUGAAUUCUUCAACUCAGGGUCCAACUCUCGAACAGCUUCAGAAGCUCCAGCAGGAGAGGAGAGAAGCUGAACUCAGGGCAAAGCGCGAGGAGGAGGAACAGCGCAAGAGGAGGGAAGAGAAGAGGAGGCAGCAGGAGGAGCAGAAGAGGAGGGAGGAGGAGGAGAUCUUCAGACGCAAACAGUGUCGACAGCAGCAGGAGCUGAUCAUGAAGCUGCUCCAGCAGGCCCCCCAGCAGGGCUCAGGCUCCGGGGUGGGGUCUGGCUGGGGCACUGGGGGUCUCAACAAGUCAGGGGCCAAGGGCCUCAGUCUGCUUGACAUGCAGGAGGCAGAGAGGCUUCUUAAACAGCAGCAGAGAGCCCAGCAGCAGCAGAGAGAACGUCACCAAGGCCUGUCAAUGGGGGGGUUCCUCCAUGGGUCAGUGGGGGGACGGAGGUGCUGUCACGGGCAGCCUGUGGGGAGUCUGUGGGAUGAGGCAGUGAAGAACCAGACCAGAAGUAGCAGCAUGCAGGGACUGAAGAACAGCCGCAGCAGCCCCUCACUCAGUGAGCAGUAUAUGCUGAGCUGUAGGAAGCAGCGUACGGAUGAGGAGGACAAGCUGCUGAAGCUGCUGCAGGGCAUCAAGACGCCUCAGGACGGGUUCACCACCUGGUGUGAACAGAUGCUGCACGCCCUCAACACCCAAGCCAACAACACCUCCUCUCCACUGGACGUGUCCACCAUCGUGGCGUACCUGAAGGAGGUGGAGUCUCCCUACGAGGUCCAUGACUUUAUCCGCUCCUACCUGGGAGACACCAUGGAAGCCAAAGAGUUCGCCAAGCACUUCCUGGAGCGCCGUGCCAAACAGAAACAGAACCUGCAGCGGCAGCAGCAGCAGCUAUCAAAGGAAGUAGCAGGGCUGGCCAUGAGCAACUUCCCUCUGCCGGACUCUAUGCGGGGAGUGAGCCCCAGCACCCUGCAGUCCAUGUUCCAGGCCGCCCAGAUGGGGAAGGGAGGGCUGUACGACACCCAGGGGGCCAUGAAGAAGAAGAAACAGCCUGUGGUGCUGCACUCUGACCCCAGCAUCUUAGGGUACUCAUACCACAACGCGGGCGAGCGUCUGAGCCUGAAUGAGAUGGAGAUGGUGGAGGAUUACUGAUCCAGAUCUGAUCAGCGGCAAUAGCUACUACCUGAGGCCUUCUGUCUACUAAUCAGACAAAUCUGAUGACGAAUGUGCACUGCUUGAAGG